AUGCUCGUCAACACAUUCGCCACCAUUGGCAUCGUCUUCACAAACAAGGCCAUCUUCUCCGACCGCAAUCUCGUCAAGAUGCCCGUCUCCUUUGCUGCAUUCCACUUUGCCUGCACCAGUAUGACCCUCUUUAUCGUCUCGAGGUUCGGCGCAUUCAAGCCAAAGGCACUCCGACCCCUUCAGAUCCUACCCUUGUGCUUUGCCUUUUGUGGCAAUGUCAUCUUGCCAAACCUCUCUCUCGCAUUCAGCUCUGUCACAUUCUACCAGCUCGUGCGUAUUCUCUUGACACCAGGCACAGCCCUCCUCAACUAUCUCUUCUACAACACCACCAUCUCCACCAAAGCGAUCGCAGCCAUUGUCCCCAUUUGCGUCGGUGUGGGUAUCACCACGUACUAUGACGCGCUCAGCAAAACAAGCACCACCAACACGAGUAUUUGGGGUGUCAUUUUUGCCCUUGCCGGCGUCACCGUUUCUUGCGUCUACACCAUUUGGAUUGGUACUUUUGCAAAGAAAUACCAAGUCUCCUCCAUGCAGCUCCUCUACAACCAAGCACCGUGGUCUGUGUUGAUGUUGCUGGUGUGUGUUCCUUUUAGUGAUACAAUCCCACCCUUUGAAGAAGUCUCGCGGCAUUCCAUGGGGCUUGUACUCCUUUCUGGUGCAUUUGCCAUUCUCAUCAACGUCUCACAGUUCUUCAUCAUUCAUGGUACGUCUGCGCUGACGAGUACGAUUGUGGGACACUUGAAAACCUGCUCCAUUGUAUCGCUUGGUUGGUUCUUUGGUGGCAAGAUGAAUAACAUGAGUCUCCUUGGUGUCAUUAUUGCCCUCGGCGGUAUCUUCACUUACUCUGCCAUUCAGCAAAAGAAGUGA